AUGACAGUGGCAAGCGCCGCCUCAAGCCGCUGCAAGAAGGCUGUGAAAAUGGGUCUUUCGCUCUUCCGCCGAGGCUUCAAUUCCUCCAAAUGUAAAUCAAUGGCGAAAAUGGCGGUGGCAAGAAUAAAGCUUCUGAGAAACAAGAGAGAGGCAGUGGUGAGGCAAAUGAGACGUGACAUUGCCAUGCUUCUCGAGUCCGGUCAGGACGCCACUGCGCGUGUUCGGGUCGAACAUGUAAUUCGAGAACAAAAUAUUAUGGCUGCAAAUGAGUUCAUUGAGCUUUUCUGCGAAUUAGUGGUGGCCAGACUUUCUGUCAUUGCAAAGCAAAGAGAAUGUCCAGCUGAUCUGAAAGAAGGGAUAUCAAGUUUAAUAUUUGCAGCUCCUCGGUGCUCGGAUAUUCCCGAACUGUUAGCAAUUCGAGAUGUUUUUGAGAAGAAAUACGGGAAGGAUUUCGUUUCCACAGCUACCGAUUUACGACCCAAUGCUGGUGUUAAUCGCACGCUCAUUGAAAAGCUCUCGAUUAGGUCCCCAACUGGUGAAACAAAGUUGAAAGUUUUGAAGGAAAUAGCAAAAGAAUAUCAGGCUAAUUGGGAUACAACAGAAUCGGAGACCGAACUACUUAAGCCUCCAGAAAAACCUAUAGAAGGACCAAACAACUUUGUAAGUGCCAGUAGCUUACCUUUGAAUUCAAUACCCGAGAAAUCUCCCGAGCCAAAUAUUUCAACACUCAGAUGCUUGGACAAUGAACAUGGCAAUAUUUUGCACUAUGAAAACCCAGCAUCAGCUGCUGAAGCAGCUGCCGAUUUUGCAAAGAAAGCCGCUUCUGCUGCUGAAGCGGCUGCCAUUUUGGCCAACAGAGACACAAAUGUGAUAGGUAAUUCUCGUGCUACGAGUAAUAGAUAUGCUGUCAAAAAGAGUAUGAAGGACAGUAUUGGGAAUUCUCAGAGUCUUAGGGGUGCAGAGAUGAGGCCCCAUGAUGUGGAAGCCCAAAGUAUCUAUAGAAGACACAGCUAUAAUAUUCCCUCGGCAGAUUUAGAUAUGAAGUACGACGAAUCAGAUUAUGAUGAAGAAAUCGAGAUGGAAGAACCAACAAGUGGUGUUCCGAAGUUGGCCAAAGAAGUUACUAACAUGGAUAACAGAAAGAUCUAUAGACGGCACAGUGACAACCACAGUGUUCCAACUGGACACUCGGAUAUCAAGUUUGAUGAAUCUGAUCGUGAUGAUGAUCCAGACGAGGCGGACGAGUUUAUGAGAGGAACUAAUCUACCACCCAAUAUGCCUACACAGGAACAGUUUCCGGUUAGACAUGUGCAUCGCAAACUGCCAGACUAUGACAUGCUUGCUGCUCGUUUCGAAGCACAGAAACAUCGUAGACCGCCAACCUGA